GUCAUAAUCUCAAUCUCUGGGCUAAACACCAUGGCUUUCGAUCUUUCCUGGCCUUAUCUAAUCGUUGGUUGUAUUUUUGCUUCUUUAGCAAGAGCAUCCAAUAUCUCAGAUGUAUAUCCCCCUCUGUGGAAGGAGAGUCCUGGUCAGUUCAGUGACUAUAAGAUAGAAAAUGGAAAGUAUAUCAUUAACUUCUGGCAUUAUCCUGAGAGAUUGGGGACGUACAAAAUCCUACUGAACAAGACAGCCAAAUAUUUUGCAAAAUUUUCACCAGAAAAUGAACAAAAUAUUUUAUGGGGAUUGCCUGUACAUCAUGGAUGGCAAUAUCAGACAGGCAGAUUAGCUGAUCCCACGGAAAGUACGGACUGUGGCCGUAAAUCUGGGGAUCAUCUGUGCAUCUCUGUGGACAGUUGGUGGGCUGAUCUUAAUUAUUAUCUCUCUGCAAUGCCCUUCCUUGCUGCGGUUGAUUCUGGUAUAAUGGGGAUACCAUCAGACAAAGUCACCUUUCUGCCACCGCCCAAGGAUCAGAUGAAUUUUUGUUACAAUGUUUCUAGCUGUCAUUCAUCCUUUCCAGAAGCAAUGAAAAAGUGGAAUGAAUUUUACCAGCACGUAAAGUCACAUUCUAGUAGCUUUGAUGACCUGUUGGAGUACUUAUGGGCUGCACAUGUCUCAUCUUUGGAGAUUGCUCGUAAAAACUUUCACAAUAGAUUAAAAUACUAUUCUAAACAAGAAGCUGAUUUUGAAAGAAGCUGGGCUUUAUUUGUGGAUUAUUUAGCUCCACCACUCUUUCCUACAACCUUAAUUAGAACAUAUGAAUUCCAGAAGGAGCUGCCAAAACGCAUGCUUAUGAAUGAGGAUAGAGCCCCCUUCAUCCGUGACUUUAGUGGCUUUCAGAACACAGUCCUGUUUGCUCUAAGUGUUCUCCACAAAGUACAUAAGUACACAGGAAAUGGGAUGCCUCUGGAUCAGAUUGCUGAUUACUUCUACAACAGCUUGGUGUCAGCUCCUCAUGCCCCAGUUGCCAUGGGGUGAUGUAAUGGGGGCCAGGUGUUCCCUUUGGCAUACAGUGAGGUUGCACCACGGCAAAGGAAUGGUGAAAUAAUAAGACUUGGAACUGAUACAGAGGAGCUGGCGUAUCAGCCCAUUCUCUAUGCUCACAUAUGCAACAGAGAGAAAGAGAAACCCCACCUUUGCACUGAAGGGAAGGUCAGAGGGUGAGGUGAAAGAAAGUAAAAUUUUUGUACAAUAUAUUCAAAUUAUGUGCUUAUUAGAGAUUAAUUUUUUACAGUAAUCCUUUGUUCAACAUCUCAAAGAUAAGCGUCUUUUCUACUUUGUUCACCAUGGCAGACCACUGCUGAUGCAGCAUCAAAAAUGAGGUUACUGCUCAAUAAUUAGCUGCCAAAUAAAGUCUGAGGCCUAGGAACAGUUUUCAAACAGA